AUGAUAACCAAAGUUGAAGCACUUGUUAAAAAAAAGUAUCUUAUAGCUGAAGAAAAGAAGGAAAUUUGUAAAAAAAAACAGAAAUUUCUAUCUAUUCUGAACACUAAACUUGCAGAAGAUUAUGGUGUUAAAAAGAUAUGUAUAUCUAAUAUUCUUAAACAAUCUUCUAAAUA